UCCUAGAUUUGUUAAAAUCUAUGACCUCACUCCAAUGAAGAAUGACAUCAUAGUAAAGUACUAUGAUGUCAUUAUUGUAUGAUGUCAUUAUUGUAUGAUGUCAUGAAAUACUAAUGUUUGGUCUUGUUGCUAAACAACACAAUAUUUCCACUAUUACUUUGAUCUUUACCAGACUGCUACAAUGUACUUUAAUAGAUGAUUCAGAUUCUUCUUUUUGGCAUACAUCUUUGGAAACAAUGUUGCAAGCUUCAAGGCAUCAAGGGGACAGCAUGUUCAAAAACAGUGGGCGCCAAUGUAUGGCAAAUUCCUUAUCGGCCAUUCUUACCAGCUACAUACAGCCACCACCAUUCUGGGACAAACAAGUGAUGAAUAACAUUCUUUUUGAUGGGGAUAACAUGUACACUGAAAUUAUUUCCAAAACAAAAAAUAAUUACAUUAAUGUGGACGAAAUACCUUCAGCAAUUGGCUCCUAUUCCAUUGCCAAAGAUACUCCUAUCAGUGGCACUAUACAUAGAAAAACAACAGAAAAGCCAUUUUACUGCCUAUCAGAUGUUUUCACACCAUGCUUGAGUGAUAAAUUCUUCAUUUUUACCAUGGGUUUUGAGCCACCAGCAUACACUAGUGCUAUAGUUUUUCACAAACAACAAUUUUACUUUUUUGACCCUCAUUCACGAUCGGAAACAGGGAUGUGUACGCCCGAUGGGUUUUCCACAAUGACUGUCCAUAAAUCUGUGGACAGUCUGUGUAGAUUUAUUCAACACCUUGCAGCAUCAAUUUUUCAUGGAUCUUGCCAGGACACUCCAUUUGAGGCUACGCAGUUAGUUGUUGCGGAGAACACUGAGGACACUCAGAAGCUGAACUUCACGCACGAGGACAGUACUGAUGCAGAAUCAGAGUUCUCUGGUUUCAGUUCACAAAGUGAAGGGGAUCUUGUUUGUAGACUUUUUUUAGCACAAGAAUCAUUGAACGAUAGUGAUAGUAACUUUUCAUUUUCAGAUAGCAGUAUUGUUACCAUGGACAGUGUCACUAAUGAAGAUGUUUUGAAAGACCUAAAUGAUACAAAUGAUUUAACUAUGAGUGAGAUAAAGAGUUUGGGGUCUGAUUUACAUGAGAUAGAGGGUGUGGGGUAUGAUCUACAUGAGAUAGAUGGUGUGGGGUCUGAUCUACAUGAGAUAGAGGGUGUGGGGUCUGAUCUACAUGAGAUAGAGGGCGUGGGGUCUGAUCUACAUGAGAUAGAGGGUGUGGGGUCUGAUCUACAUGAGAAAGAGGGUGUGGGGUCUGAUCUACAUGAGAUAGAGGGGGUGGGGUCUGAUCUACAUGAGAUAGAGGGUGUGGGGUCUGAUCUACAUGAGAGAGAGGGUGUGGGGUCUGAUCUACAUGAGAUAGAGGGUGUGGGGUCUGAUCUACAUGAGAUUGAGGGCGUGGGGUCUGAUCUACAUGAGAUAGAGGGUGUGGGGUCUGGUCUACAUGAGAUAGACGGUGUGGGGUCUGAUCUACAUGAGAGAGAGGGUGUGGGGUCUGAUCUACAUGAGAUAGAGGGUGUGGAGUCUGAUCUAUAUGAGAGAGAGGGUGUGGGGUCUGAUCUACAUGAGAUAGAGGGUGUGGGGUCUGAUCUACAUGAGAUAGAGGGCGUGGGGUCUGAUCUACAUGAGAUAGAGGCUGUGGGAUCUGGUUUACAUGAGAGAGAGGGUUUGGGGUCUGAUCUGCAUGAGAUAGAGGGUGUGGGGUCUGAUCUACAUGAGAUAGAGGGUGUUGGGUCUGAUCUACAUGAGAUAGAGGGUGUGGGGUCUGAUCUAAAUGAGAUAGAAGAUGUGGGGUCUGAUCUACAUGAGAUAGAGGGUGUGGGGUCUGAUCUACAUGCAGGGGUGGCGAAAUCAAAUGUCCGAGUUGCCCGAGUCGUACAUUUGCUUGUCUGGGCAACUGAUUUUUUUCAAUUAAGUUGUCCGUGGACAACCAGUCGGGUCGAGGAAUACAAACAAAUACAUUGUAUUAAAGCCGUAAUUAAGUUUUACAAAACCGGAUGUUGACACGCGAUUAUUUGCGGAGCAAUCAAGCUGAAAUACGGUCACUCUCCUGCACAGUGAUCUCCCUUAUUCUAUAAGAGACCAGGAGCAUGCCGCAUUUUCAACAUUUGGCCCGACUGUUAGACAGUGUACAGACUGGUUUCUUUAUUUUUACAAUCAGACGGAAAUAAAAGUAUCGAACUGAGAUAAUCAAAACACGGUCUAAAUGUACCUUGUUAUUUCAGACGACUUUAACGUUAAAGAUCGAACUGAUGAGAUCCACAUAUUGAACUAGUUCAAUUUGUUAAGAUUACGAUCAGAGCUCCAGAUAAUUUUUUAAGAUGCAGAGUAUUUCACUCAUGACUUUUUUAGCUGUUGAGUAAAAUACAAAAUCAAAGCCUUUUGCGGGAGUAUUUAAAAUACUCCAGCAAAAGUUUUUGAUUUUGUAUUUUUAUAAUUUUUUUAUACAUGAACAUGCAUAAAACAUAUUUUAAUAAUAAAGAAUAUCUACUGUUGUUUACAUAAACAUGCAUUUUAAAAUGGCUGAUCAAAUAAUUUGAAUGGGGCACUGUUGCUCCAAGUGAUAAUUGCACAAAAUGCGUAUGCCCAUUUUUAUGAUGUUUUUUUUUCAGUCAUCAAAAGUAUAGUUAUGUGUAACACGUGUUUUAAUAAUACUUGCUUUGCAAGAUUAAAAGUGUGAGAAAGGUUUAUAUUGUUUAUAAUAUACUGCUAUAAUGAAUGUACCAUGGAAAUACAACUAUAACUUAAACAAGCAAAUUAUACUCAUUUUGAUUUAUUCCACAUUAUUUUACAUUAAUCAAUAAAUACGUUUAUAAUUAUAUAAACAUUAACGGACAAGUGUAGUUCAGCAACGGACAAGUUAAAUUUCCUAAAUGGUUGUCCGUGGACAAGUAUCGUUUUUUGAGAUUUCGCCACCCCUGACAUGAGAUAGAGGGUUUGGGGUCUGAUCUACAUGAGAUAGAGGGUGUGGGGUCUGAUCUGCAUGAGAUAAAGGGUUUGGGGUCUGAUCUGCAUGAGAUAGAGGGUGUGGGGUCUGAUCUACAUGAGAUAGAGGGUGUGGGGUCUGAUCUACAUGAGAUAGAGGGUGCGGGGUCUUAUUUGCAUGAGGAUUUAGAGGUUGUGGUGUCUGAUUUAAUGAUAGGGCAGAAUGACAGUUUCAGUAAAGCUGAUAGUGAUUUGGAUGAUGAAGAUAUACCUCUCAUUCACCUCUCUAAAAAAUACCAUAAAAAGCAAGUGGACAUUACUGCACAACAAGCAGACAAACAGCAUGUAAGUAGCUCAUCUGAUUUAAAUAAUACAAUGACUAGUGGAAGAGGGAGAAAAAGGGUAAGAAACAUAGAAGAGUGGAAAAGAAAUGUAAUGAAAAGACGUCGCAACGAGGGAAAGAGUUAUGAAUCCCGAAAAGGUAAGUUACAAUCCCAACGAUGUGUCAAGAAAGGUUGUGGUAUGGGGUGUAGAUACAAGUGUCACAAUAACUUCACAGAAAAUGAACGCCAUAAAUUGUUUGAUGGAUACUGGCAAAUGGGAGAUGUUAAUAAGCAAAGAAAUUUUAUAAUCAAAUUUGCAAUUCAAAAACCAGUAAAUACAAGGCGUUCCAACAUUAAUUCAGUAAAACGCACAUCAAUGGUUCUAUGGACACUUCCAAAAAAGAUGCCAGACGGAACAACAGUACCGGUAAGGAUUUGCAAGACAUUCUUUCUUAGUACCCUAGAUGUCUCUUCAAGAAUUGUAUCUACUGCUCAUGCUAAGCAAACAGAUAUAGGAAUGUGUGCAGAUGACUGCAGAGGUAAGCACCAUGUAAGACCCAAUAAGACAUCUGAAUUGCAGGAGCAAAUGGUUAAACAACAUAUUGAGUCUUUUCCAAGAAUGGAAAGUCAUUAUCGUAGAAAGGAUUCAAAAAAAGAAUACCUAGCAUCUGACCUAAAUGUUGUGAAAAUGUAUCAUUUGUAUGCAAAUUUCUGUGAGGAAAAUGACCACAGUCCUGUUUCAAUUUUCAUAUAUAGGCAAAUAUUUGAUGAACAAUACAAUCUGUCAUUUUACAAACCAUUAAAAGACCAAUGCGA